AAAAAAGGAAAUUCCUCCCGCCCUCCCUCCCUCCCUCCCUCCCUCCUUCCUCCUAACCGACCCGCCGCCGUCGACAGCGAUGGCCCGCACCAAGCACCCCGCCGUGAGGAAGUCCAAGGCGCCGCCCAAGAAGAAGAUCGGGUCCGCUAGCUCCCCGAGCGCGGCGCAGCGCCGGCAGGAGACAGAUGGCGCCGGCACGUCCGAGACUCCGAGGCGGGCCGGGCAGGGGCCGGCCCCAGCGGCGGCUGAAGGGGCACCUGGGGAACCGACGAAGAGGAAGCCACACCGGUUCAGGCCAGGCACGGUGGCACUGCGGGAGAUAAGGAAGUACCAGAAGUCGGUCAAUUUUCUCAUCCCGUUUGCACCGUUUGUUCGUCUGGUCAGGGAGAUCACCGAAUACUACUGCCCUCGAGUCAAACGCUGGACUCCCCAGGCGCUCCUCGCAGUUCAAGAGGCUACAGAGUAUCACCUCGUCGACAUAUUUGAAAGGGCACAUCUCUGUGCCAUCCAUGCAAAGCGUGUUACCGUCAUGCAAAAGGACAUACAGCUCGCAAGGCGUAUCGGCGGGUCGAAGCUUUGGUGAUACUAAUGGAAGACGUGUUCUGCAUCGUAGGGGGGCAAAGACUCUGGUGAUACUAAUGGGAGAUGUUUCAUGUGUGGGUGGGUGUGGGGGGAGGUGUUUCAUGUGUGGGUGGGUGUGGGGUGGGUGGGU